AGCUUCGGUGCAACCCUGGGCAGUUUGCAUGUCACAGUGGUGCCAUCCAGUGUAUACCCCUCCCCUGGCAGUGUGACGGCUGGGCAACGUGUGAGGAUAAGAGUGAUGAAGCUGACUGUCCAGAAGUGACUGGAGAAGCCCAUCCUUACCAUGGGAAGGAGACCUUGGACCUGUGGCAGGGGCGGACCAGAAGAGGUGACCCCACACACUUCCACACAGUGAACAUGGCUCAGCCUGUCCGCUUCAGCAGCUUCCUAGGGAAAUGCCCAACCGGGUGGCACCACUAUGAAGGCACAGCCAGCUGCUACCGGGUCUACCUCAAUGGAGAGAACUACUGGGAUGCUGCGCAGACCUGCCAGCGUGUGAACGGCUCACUAGCUACUUUCUCCACUGACCAGGAGCUGCGCUUCGUCCUGGCCCAGGAAUGGGACCAGCCAGAGCGGAGCUUUGGCUGGAAAGACCAGCGCAAGCUGUGGGUUGGUUAUCAGUAUGUCAUCACUGGGCGGAACCAUUCCUUAGAAGGUCGCUGGGAAGUAGCAUUCAAAGGCUCCUCAGAAGUAUUUCUGCCUCCAGAUCCCAUCUUUGCCUCCGCCAUGUCUGAGAGUGACAAUGUGUUCUGCGCCCAGCUCCAGUGUUUCCACUUUCCUACGCUAAGGCACCAUGACCUCCAUAGCUGGCAUGCCGAGAGCUGCUCUGAGAAGUCUUCAUUUCUGUGUAAAAGAAGUCAGACAUGUGUUGAUAUUAAAGACAAUGUGGUGGAUGAAGGGUUCUACUUCACUCCCAAGGGAGAUGACCCAUGCUUGAGCUGUACCUGCCAUCGAGGAGAGCCUGAGAUGUGUGUUGCUGCCCUGUGUGAGCGGCCCCAGGGAUGUCAGCAGUACCGCAAGGACCCUAAGGAAUGCUGCAAGUUCAUGUGUCUGGACACAGAUGGUAGCAGCCUGUUUGACUCCAUGGCUAGUGGGAUGCGCCUGGUCGUCAGCUGCAUCUCCUCCUUCCUCAUCCUCUCGCUGCUGCUUUUCAUGGUCCACCGGCUGCGCCAGAGGCGCCGGGAGCGCAUCGAGUCCCUGAUUGGAGCAAACUUGCACCAUUUCAACCUUGGCCGAAGGAUCCCUGGUUUUGACUAUGGCCCAGAUGGAUUUGGCACAGGCCUCACCCCACUACAUCUUUCUGAUGACGGGGAAGGUGGGACUUUCCAUUUCCACGACCCUCCGCCUCCUUAUACGGCGUACAAGUACCCAGACAUGGACCAGCCAGAUGAUCCACCACCACCCUAUGAGGCUUCUAUCAACCCGGACAGUAUGUUCUACGACCCUGCAGAUGAUGAUGCCUUUGAACCUGAGGAGGCCAGCCUGCCAACCACAAGGGAUGGUGGUAUGGAGGGUGCAUUGCCCAGGCACUUGGAACAUCCAUUGCCCCCUGCAGAGACCUCCUUGGCAGAUCUGGAAGACUCCACAGACAGCAGCAGUGCCCUGCUGGUGCCUCCUGACCCUGCCCAGAAUGGGAAUACCCCAGCUACAGAGGCACCACCAGGUGGAGGGCGCCACCCCUGCAGCUCCCUCAGUACUGUGGUUUAGGUGGCUCAGCUCAUGGCCCCAGUGGGCUGGAGUAUCUACUUCCUGUUCAGAAGACACCUAUCUCAGUGGGAGGCUUGAAGGGUCCUGUCAUAGCCUGGACCUACUCCACUGCCACAUCCCACCAGCAGGGGGUGUGUACAUAGAAACUGAAGCUAGGCACCCCAAGAGAGGAACAAGUGCCUGUGUCAUCUUUAUCUGAGGGCUUCUCAGACAUGAAAAGCUUUGGGUCAGUCUCAUUUUUAAAUGACAGAAUGACACGGGUUUUCAAACCACACAUUUCCAAGAGGACAGAGACAGUGGGCUGCACUCACACCAAACAUCUUUGGAUGGGCUUGCUUACUGCACUGUCUCACCCACAGAAGCCAGUCAUUAAUCAGUGGCUGCACCAAUAUAGACAGAGCAGGGCUGCCACUAUGUGCAACACUAGUGACUCCCUAGGGGCAUCAGAGCAUCUGUGAACCGCUUCCAGGGGACACAUUUGCAGCUGCUGCACUGGCUCUCUGGGGGCAUCCUGUUGAGGCCCAAAUGCAAAUAUUGAGGUGCCAGUCCCUGGGAGAAAAUUGACUUGCCACCCCAUUUCUAGCUUUGCUUUGAGGCCAGCACUCUCCAUGGCGUAGCUCUGCAUGGCUCCCCAGGAGUAGACUCUAGACCCCUGUGCAGGGUUGGGCAUGCUGGCUUUUCUCUGGAUCCCUGUGCUCUGCUUGCUGGCGAAUGACCGUUGGGUUUAGCCAGCCCCCCUCCCCCACCUUGUCUGUGCCAUAAAGGGUUGUUUGUUUGGGAAGAGAAUUGACUCAAGUAGACAUCCUGUGUUGUGUUAUCUGAGUCCACCUCACCCCAUGACCACUGCUGGAGCCCAGCAUCUGCUGGCCACAUACAUGCCUCCCAGCCCCUCCACAGCACUGGGUACCUGGGCUUUUUGCCAAGAGGCCCCUGUUGCUAACUCCAUGUGGUGGUCUUGUCUCCCAGCACAGGCCUUUAGUGUUUCUAAGGGUUGGAGACUAAGCAAGUUCUGUGCAAUUUUUAGCACAUCUGUAUCUUUUCUAUGUUGGAUGUCUGGAUCUUUCUGUAUCUAUGUGUUUCCUCACAUGGCCAAAUGUUUGCAGGUGAUGAUGGUUCAUGGGAGUUGAAGACAGGCCCCACUGCCCCACAUGAGCCAUUUGCCCUUGGGCUGCUCUUAGACCACUUGGUCUGAGCUGCUUCCUAGUCUGUGGUCAGUGGGACUGUGACUCCUGUCCAGCUAAGAACAUGAGUGGGAGAAGCGACUUAAGACCCUCCAGCUCUUUGGUGCUUGAUCAGACCUGCACAGUUCUAGGCACAUUCUUACACUGCUUGGAAACCUGUCUCCCCUUCUCAUAAUGGAGCAUCUUCAGACUGGAUCCCCAGGGCUAACUGGAGGUAUGAGAUUUGUCCCUGGAUAGUCUGUCUCAAGGCUGAACCCACAGGCUAGCUGCUGCGGACAUCCUCUGCCAAAGAGCUCUUGCCUCCUCCGCCCAUGACUGAGAAGAACGGGAAGUUCAGCGUACCUCCAGCAAGUAUUGAGUGCUGGGCACUGGGCAGCCACGCUCCAGAGCAGCAGUGGGCAACUGUCUUGGUGCCAGGCCACCCAGAAGAAUCAUAAGGACCACACAGCAGUGCCUCUGAAGGCCAUAUGUACAGACUGAAAUUCUCUGGGGACCAAAUGACUGUUGGGGUUGGGGCUUGAGUCUAGGAGGCAGAGGUGAAGAGGGUGACCUAAAGUGGGCCAUGGUGCUGCUGAGGUGAAGUGGGCCUGACAGGACUGCCAGGGUCUGCCCAGCAAGCAUUCAGGGUGCACGUGGCCUGUGUUUUGAGCUGUUUAGACUAUUGUUACUGCAGUUCCAAGCACUGGGGUCUGCCACCCUCCCCAGAUCUUACUGGUGAAUAAUUCCAGGUCCAGGAUUUGCUAAGGUUUGUCUCCUUGCCCAUCCCACAAGGCCCCAAGGGACAGGCCAAACUCCUGGGAGGCCCCUUUCCCAGGACUGCCUUGCCACUCUUCUGAGAGGCUGGGUGCCCUCUGACCUGCCUUGAAGUGGAAUUUGAUACUGUACAUUCAUUGUCUCAAUGCCUGUUUUUACAUACUCCUUUCACUAAAGGUUUUAGUUUGGGUGUAUUUUUGAUCGGGUUGGCAUUAAUCCUUUCUUAAGAUGCUGUGAGAACCAUUUCAUCCAAUGCCAAAUAAACUUGUGUUAUAGAAAA